AUGGCCGCCUCCGCCUCCGCGGCCGCUGCUGUCGCGCUUGACAGCUCGAAAAACACGUUGAAACUCGAGAAUACGGAGAAAAGAGAUACCCUCAUUGCCCUAGAAAAGAAAUAUCAGGCACUAUGGAAGGAGAAGAAGAUCUUCGAGGUCGACGCGCCGUCCCUUUCGGAGAUUCCUGCUCAGAGUAUGUCGUCGGCCGAGCUCCACGAGAAGCACCCGAAGUUCUUUGGAACCAUGGCAUUCCCAUAUAUGAACGGAACUCCCCAUGCCGGACACAGUUUCACUGCUAGUAAAGUAGAAUUUAUGACUGGAGUUGCGAGAAUGGAAGGGAAAAGAGCUUUGUUCCCUCUUGGAUUCCAUUGCACAGGUAUGCCUAUCAGGGCGUGUGCUGAUAAACUGGUGGACGAUAUAAAGAAAUUCGGCAAAAAUUUUGAGAAUUACAAGGAGGAAGAGGAGGUUGAUUCUACCCCUGCCCCAACCCAGGAAGUAGUCAAGGAAGACCUGUCGAAAUUCUCAGGCAAAAAGAGCAAAGCAGCCAGCAAAGCUGUUAAAUUAAAAUACCAAUUCCAGAUCAUGAUGGCUCUCGGUAUACCGCUUGAAGAGGUUCAUAAGUUUGCAGAUCCCGAACAUUGGCUUCAGCACUUCCCUCCCCUCUGGAUAAGGGACCUUGAUAGUAUGGGAGCAAGAGUGGACUGGCGAAGGCAGAUGGUAACGACCGAUGUCAACCCCUAUUUCGAUUCGUUCGUCCGCUGGCAGAUGAUUCGUUUACAUGAAAUGGGCAAAAUUUUGUAUGGAAGCCGAUAUACAAUUUACUCUCCCAAGGAUGGGCAACCUUGCAUGGACCACGACAGACUCGAUGGAGAGGGUGUUGGUCCUCAGGAAUACACCGCAAUGAAAUUAAAAGUUAAGGAGUGGUCUCCAAAGGCGAAGGAGAUCCUUCAGGGUAAAAUCGAGGAGGACGCAAACGUUUAUUUUGUCCCUGCCACCCUCCGACCGGAGACCAUGUAUGGCCAAACCUGUUGUUUCGUCGGCCCUGCCAUUUCAUAUGGCCUCUUCAAAGUAAAGGAGAAGGAGUAUUAUGUAGUGACGAAACGGGCAGCGUGGAACAUGGCAUUCCAAGGGGUCUUCUUUGACGUUAAAAACCUUCCCAAAUCUCAGGAUGAGCUGCCUCCGGUCGUUGAAGCCCCUGGCUCUACAUUUGUUGGAACUCUCGUCGACGCUCCUCUUUCUUUCCACAAAGAUGGCGUCAGGAUCCUACCAAUGGAGACCGUGUCCGCCAGCAAGGGAACUGGUGUCGUUAGCUGCGUCCCUUCAGACAGCCCUGACGAUUUUGCAACUAUUUCCGAUCUUGCAAAGAAAGCCGACUACUACGGCAUCCAAAAAGAGUGGGCUGAACUCGAAAUUCACCCACUUAUCGAAACCCCGACGUAUGGAAAUCUUACAGCCCCUGCUUUGGUGAAACAACUCAAAAUCAACUCACCAAAGGACACUGUCCAACUUGCUCAAGCAAAGGAUUUGGCCUAUACCGAAGGCUUUUACAAGGGUAAAAUGCUUGUUGGUGAAUUUAAGGGAGAGUCUGUUCAAACUGCGAAAGAGAAAGUUCGCAACUCUCUAAUUAAGAGCGGGGAUGCCUUCCCUUUCGCUGACCCCAUGGGCAAAGUCACCAGUAGAAGUGGCGAUGACUGCGUCGUUGCAUACCUCGGUCAAUGGUUCCUAAACUACGGCGAGAAUGAUCCAGAAUGGCAAAAUGCCACUCUCAAAUAUGUUACCGAGGGACUGAACACUUACUCGGAAGAGACACGACAUGGCUUUGAAAAGAAUCUUGGCUGGCUCAACCGCUGGGCCUGCGCGAGAACCUACGGCCUUGGUUCUAAACUUCCAUGGGACCCCCAAUUCCUUGUUGAAAGUUUAAGUGACAGUACUAUUUACCAGUGCUAUUACACCAUCUCUCACCUCCUCCACGCAGAUAGAUAUGGAAAGGAGCCUGGUAAACUAGGUAUCAAGCCUGAACAGAUCACUAAUGAUAUUUGGGAUUACGUCUUCGGCAGACGGGACCUUGACGAUGGUCUGGUCCAGCAAAGUGGAAUCAGCAAGGAAGCUCUUCUGACUAUGAGACGAGAAUUUGAGUACUGGUACCCGCUCGACGUUCGGAUCUCUGGCAAGGAUCUUAUUCAGAACCAUCUUACGUUCUUCCUCUACGUCCAUAUCGCACUUUUCCCGCAAGAGUACUGGCCUCGCGGUGUGAGAGCCAACGGACAUCUACUCCUUAACGGAGAAAAGAUGAGUAAGAGUACCGGGAACUUCCUGACACUCAGAGAUGCUGUCGAUAAGUACGGGGCAGAUGCUACUCGUAUUGCCUUCGCAGAUGCCGGUGAUGCAAUUGAAGAUGCAAACUUCGAUGAGACUGUGGCAAACAGCAAUAUCCUCCGUAUGUUCACCCUCAAGGAAUGGAUUGAGGAAACAGUUGCGGACAAGUCUCUCCGCACCGGUCCAGCAGACACUUUCCUAGAUAAGGUAUUUGAUAAUGAAAUGAACGCAUUGGCUCGUGAGGCAAGGAAACACUACGCAGACACCAACUUCAAGCUAGCUCUGAAAUCUGCCCUCUACGAUUUCACCGGUGCAAAAGAUUUCUACCGUGAAGUGGCCACGGCCUCUGGCAUGGGUAUGCACCGCGACCUGCUACUCAGAUAUGUUGAGCUACAAGCGCUCCUUAUGUGCCCAAUUGCGCCUCAUUGGGCCGAGCACAUGUGGCUUGAUGUCCUUAAGAAGCCGGACUCCAUCCAAAAUGCUCGCUUCGCCGAUGUCCCUGAGCCAUCCCCUGGUUUAUCCUCAGCUCUACUUUAUAUCCGCUCAACAACUUCAAAUAUCACUUCCUCAGAGGCAACAUUCGCUAAGAAGAUCGCGAAGGGAAAGACCGUUAGAUUCGACCCUCGAAACCCCAAGAAGAUUACCAUCUUCGUCUCCAAAAAGUUCCCUGCAUGGCAAGAUAAAUAUAUCGAUCUAGUGCGUGAAGCUUUUGACGCCAUCAAGCUGACCAUAGACGAUAAGGGACUCAACGCCAAGGUUGGGAAGUUGGGUGAAAUGAAAAAGGCCAUGCCGUAUGUUCAGGGGUUGAAGAAACGCCUCAUCCAAGGUGGCGAGAAGCCCGAGGAAGUGUUCAGCCGUGAAAUGCCAUUUGACGAAGUACAAGUUCUCAAUGACAUUGUUGGAAAUUUGAAGAAAGUUACGGGAGCCAAGGAGGUCGAGAUCAUCGCUGUUGAAGAAGGCGGAAGUGCAGGAACCAAUACCGAUGGCCAGAGAAAGGAAGGGUUGCCCCAUGUCGCGCAAGGUGCAGUCCCAGGCCAGCCCAGCUUUAACUUUGAGAAUAUCGAAGUUGCUGCAUGA